AUGGUUUCCGCUGUCUCGAGUCUGGCCGCGUCGUGCGUACAGAAGAUUCAUGGCUUCCAAUUCAUCACGACCCCUGCAUGGUCACUCGCCGAUCCUUCGUUCCAUUUCCUUGCACCGUCACGCCUGCACACGGGUUCUACAACCAGAAGUUUUUUCACGCAAGUGACUCCUCAGCCUCCUUCGUCGUCGCUCUCUCUUUCUCCCCAGCGGACGUCUGUUCAACCUUUCCGCCGGAAUGUUCGACGUAACGCGAUUAAGAUAGACCGCAGUCGUCAACCUAGCAGACCCGAGGGCGAGGUGACAAGCGAAGCGGAUUUGGACACGUGUCCGGCGGAGUGCGUUCGCGAGAUCAAAUCGCAGAGGGAGCUUGACGUGAUUCUAGAGCACGCGGACCGGAAUAACAUCUUAGUGGUGGUGGACUUUUUCCGCACGGCGUGCGGGAGCUGCAAGUACAUCGAGCAAGGGUUUGCGAAACUGUGUCGCGCCGAAGGCGAUCUGGGGGAUCCCGUUAUUUUUCUCAAACAUAACGUUAUGGAUGACUAUGAUGAGCAAUCCGACAUCGCUGAAGCACUGCGGAUUAAGGUGGUCCCUCUCUUCCACUUCUACAUGCACAAAACCCUCGUGGAAUCUUUUCCCACACGUGAAAAGGCCCGCAUUCUCGAAACCAUCCAGAAAUAUGUGCCAAAUUUCCAGUCAGAUGACGAGUUUCUCGACGAUGAGUAUUUCCCGAGUGACGAGGAGUGA